AUGCAACCGCUGGUUCGCGUGUGUUUCGGGUUCCCGCACGCCAUGGACGCUGUUGCCUUCGGACUUGCGCGCGCAGCCGUCAACUUAGCCAUGAAGACAGUACCGAGCAACUCUAUAGUGGCCAUCUUGCCCACGUCAGCGCUGUUGCUCCUCGUCAGAACCCUCGAUUCGUCAGGGCCAAUAUCUACAGACACAGAACAUGGUCACAGUGAUGUCGACAGCGCUGCCAGGAGCGAGGGAGCGGCGAUCGAUAUCUUUGUUGCUUACGAGCGCCUCAAAAGCAGUUCCCCCGUCUUUCCUUCUCCGAUGACACUCAACAAGACAAAAACUUCCUCUUCGUCGCCACGAGAACAAACACGGUAUUUCGGUACUAGCGUCUCGGAGGGGGUGCCGUACGACGAGUGUAAACAUAUCCGAGAUCGGAGCGGCGAUGGUGAUGAAAUAGAGGGCUUGCUUGUGACGGCCUUGCCCUCUCGUGCGACAUCAGAUCGACAAGUCGAUUGUGACAAUAGGUUCCUCAGGUUUCCACACGAGAAAGACGGCCCUAGAGCCGUACCUCCGGUGGGAGGUGAAGACCAUGCCAAGGUCGGCUCUAAGGAAACCGGAGCAGCAUGGUUGGGGCAUUCAAGGGGAUUGCAGCCGCCACCGCCGCAAUCUCUUCGAUCACCAUCCCCGCCAACACCACGGCCACGGGAACUAAUAGGCAAGAGCUUAAGUGACAUGGCGCCCAUACCCCUGCUCGUAUUCGAUACCGAAACGUUCUUGGCUCUGGGAGAGCUUGACGAACGUUUUUCCUUUCAGGGUGGAAUCGCCGAGUGGAUAAAUCGAGCGAAGUUCGGUAGUAGUAACCACUACUGCAGCUGUGGACGUUCUUCUUGGCGACGCACCGAGUCCCCGAAAGAGACGCUUGCCAAAGCCAGUCGUAGAACCUCAACGGGACUCCCUUGUUCUGGCAUCAACGUGCACCAUGUCCACGAGGAAGAAUGGGGCCGGCACUUCAUAAGUUCUUGGUCGGAACCUGUUGAAAGGAGUGUUGAUGGUGUCCACGCACGAGAGUUUACGGCCGAGCAACAAGUGGGAGAUGAGCUACAUCCCAGCGUCCAUCCGCCUAGCCGAGGCGUGGAUCAAAGCGAGGCUGGGAACCAGACCGUUUUAUCAAAUUGCAUAAGCGGGGAUGGCAUUCAACAGCCCACCGAUUUUGCCGAUCGGCAUGCAUGCGACGAGGUCAGCCUCGACCAGCGGAAUAGUCUACAUUGGGCAAAGCUGGAAGCCCUGAUUCAGGCCGAUGCCGACUUAUUUUUCUUGCGCCUGCUGCUCGUGGAGCAACCCUCAGUCGACAAAGUCGAUCCCGCGCAGCUCAGCAUAGCUUUCCAUUCGGAAUGGAUGGAGAGAGCCCCGGAUACCGUUCUGGCACAAGGGGUAUUAGACAGGCGAAAACGAUUUCCCGUGGCGGCUGUGGUCGUGGUGAACGAGGAUAUAUCUAUUCUUCGGGCAUCCCUGGAAGAGGUUGCGGUCGUGGUGGAGCACAUCAUGUCAAUUCUGCCACUCAUGGAAAGGCAACUACAAGUCGAAGUCGGAUCCUGGGCCACCGAAACUGAGCAAAGAGAGUACGGAAAUUUGCUCAUAAGGGAGGAUCCUAGGCAUUUCUUCCGGGUGGUUGUGAUGGAUACGGACGAGUUCUGGCACCCUGCGGAACUUGCAAAAGCGCUUGUGGUGAUCGCGCAGCAUCCGAAAACCAUGGAAUCUCGGGUACUGGUGGAUUCAUACUGGGCGAGCGUGCGCUCCGUUGUGUUUCCGCCGGAAGAAAGGGACGUCGUGUGGCUCGUAGACCCGUACCACUGUGUAUGCACACCGGUUGGCAGCAAGCACUCCUUCUCCUUUGACAUUGACCGUUCUAUUGGAGUAAUCCAUCACUUGAGCUACUUCGAAGAGCGCCCUACUCUGGAGCAGCUUCGGCUCAGGUCGAUAUCUGGGACGCUCACAGCUGUCGAUGCCAGCGAUCGAAGUGGUCUUGCUGUGCCUCUGUGGGUCUCCGGAGAUAUUGCCGGCUUCACCUUCGGAAAGUCUCUUGUCGGGGCCGAUGCCGUGUGGUCCAUUCUGCUGGAGGCGACACCGCGAGCUCAAUGCGCGCAUCCUCCCUGCAGCAACGGAAAGCACAUGCAUGCAGCCUGGGCAGAUCUAGGCGAAGAGAUGUCGCGCAUCAAGGGGGCGGUGGUGGUCAGGAGACCAGAUCUCGUCAAGGCCCCAGACAUGCUGGGGCCAGUCAACACAUUAGACUUUGUGAAGACGUUCCAGUCGUACUUCGCGAUUUUCAGGAGCUCCCUAUUUCCCACCAGGGUGAACGCCGAUCGAAGAGUGAUUCCCCCAAAUAAAAUUGAUGGAAACUCAGAAAUAUAG